AUGCACCCCGUCACCGCACCCCGUCUGCUCUCCCGAGCUUCGACUUCGUCUUCAUCUAUCCGUUCUAAUGUCUUGACCUGCUCGCGAUCUUCCUUCCGUCUCCAGCAGCAAUACCCGGCGCGUCGCUUUUACUCCUCCGAGCCCCCCAAGAAGCCCUCGGGCAUCAAGUUCUGGCCUUUCCUCGUGGUCAUCGGCGCCGGAAGCUUAGCUUACAAGGUCCUUAUUGACCAGAGAGCAGAAAUGGCCACCCUCCCCGCCCCGUCCCGCAAUGCCGCCCUCCCCUCCCCCCAAAAGUCGACUCCGACCUUCUCCGCCUCCGACGUGACCGUUCUCUUCGUUCUCGGCGGCCCUGGCGCCGGCAAGGGCACUCAGUGCGCCAGGCUCGUCUCCGACUAUGGCUUCACCCACCUCUCCGCCGGCGACCUCCUCCGCGCCGAGCAAGACCGUCCCGGCUCCCAGUUCGGUCAGCUCAUCAAAGACUACAUCAAGGACGGCCUCAUCGUGCCAAUGGAAGUGACCGUCCAGCUUCUCGAAAACGCCAUGACCGAGACCAUCAAGAAGCAAGGUAACAAGCGCUUUCUCAUCGAUGGCUUCCCCCGUAAGAUGGACCAGGCCAUCAAGUUUGAGGAGACGGUCUGCCCGGCCAAGCUGGUGCUCUUCUACGACUGUCCCGAGGACGUCAUGGAGAGCCGUCUGCUCGAGCGCGGCAAGACGAGCGGACGCGCCGACGACAAUGCCGAAAGCAUCUGCAAGCGCUUCCGCACCUUUGUCGAGACGAGCAUGCCCGUGGUGGACUACUACGAAAAGCAGGGCCGUGUCGUGAAGCUCGAUGCUACCCCCACGCCGCAGGACGUCUACGCCAAGACACGAACCGAGCUCAGCAAGCGUCUGGGCCUGUAA